AAUCCUGAAUGUCAACCGCACAUCAAAAAAUGUUCAAAAUUUGAAAAUAAACAUGCAGUGUUUUCUCAUUAUAACGAAAUUUAUUCCUAAAAUAUGUUCAAAUUCAUUAUGCCGCCUAACUCCCUUAAUUAUGCGAAGUGUAGCGACCUCCAGCACCGACGAAACUGUGGAUUUGGCUUAUUCUUCAUACGAAUACACUGAUAAAACUUCGUCAAAGCCACCGUUAAUAAUAUUGCAUGCCUUGUUGGGUUCAAAAAAUAACUGGAUUGACGUGAGUAAAUCGAUUCAUGAAACAACUGGUAGAAGGGUGAUUACUAUUGAUGCACGAAACCACGGUGACAGCGAUCGUUCUCCCCAGCAUACUUACUUUCAUAUGGCGGCUGAUAUUAGGAAGCUGCUUCAAAAGCUAGAAGUGCCUAAGGUAUCUGUAUUCGGACACAGUAUGGGAGGUAUAACUGCUAUGGUGUUUUCACUACUCUAUUCUGAUUUGGUGUCAAGCCUGAUUGUAGAAGACAUAUCACCAGUACAAACGAGUCCUCAAAUAUUUACCAUAUUAAAUCUGUUAGAUGCUAUGUCUACUAUGUCUGUCAAACCAGAUAUUUCAAUGUCCAAAGCAAGGGAACUGGUUGAUGAACAUUUGAAAUCAGUAACCCUUGAUAUAAAUAUACGAAAUUACUUAAUAUCAAACUUAGUGCAGCGUGAUAUUGGCUACACGUGGCAAGUUAAUUUGGCAGCUCUGAAAGAAAAUUUUAAAAAGCACAUUGCAAAUUUUCCAUAUAAUCUAAAAGGUUUUCAAUACGUCGGCCCAACUCUUUUCAUUGGAGGAACUCUUUCCAUUUACAUUGGCAAAAAUGACCUGCAAACAAUAAAAGAAUACUUCCCACAGGCUGAACUCAUUUAUAUUGAAGAUGCUGGACAUUGGAUACAUAUUCAACAGCCAGAUAAAUUCCAUGAAGUUGUCUGUAAAUUCCUUGCAGAAAAUUAAUGUUGACUCUUUCUCUGUCCGAUUUAUAACACAUAUAAAUCAUGCGAAUUGCUGAACUAUUGUGUUGGCUAUGUGUUGUGUACCCUGUACCCACAUAUCAGAUAUUUACCACCAAAAAGAAAUUAUUAAUUUUACUAAGUAUUGUUGAAUCAAGAGUGAACCAGUGUAACUUAUUAUCUUAGUUCCCAAAGUUGGUGGUACAUUGGUUAUGUAAGGUAAAGUUGAACUUUUCUUACAGCACCUGUGUCUAUUAGCAUCGGUGGCCACUUACCAUCAGGGCCUCCGUUUGCCAUAUUACAUAUAAUGAACAGAAAUUAUAUUUUUUUACUUAAUGUAUAUUAUAAGAACAAAUUAUAUUAUGAAUUAAUCAU